AAAUCAUGACCGAGACGCCACACUAGUGGGCUCUUAUCUGGAGGUUUGUUUAAUGUUACAGCGAGCGAAUUGUGCGGCAUUGUUGUAAUAAUCAAGGAAAUAUAUAUUUCAAGGGCACACGUCGGUAUUAAACUAUACAUUUGUGCCGUGACGAGUCCUGCAUUUUAUGUGCUGCUGUCGUUUAUGUUAUUUAUGAUUCUGUUGGUGUUGUGCUCGGCUUACUCAUUACCAUAUAAACUUCACUAGAGUUUCAACAACAGUUUUACCAAUAAGAGCAGUGGGUGGACACUUAUAUAAAGUGUAACGGUGACCUGUUUGUCUUCACUUGAUCUUUGCGGUCUGCGACUCCCCCAUAUUGCGCUGUUUAAACAUGGCAAGAAUUGGCAGGCUAUCCACCAAAGGUUCAGUACUGCUACUGUGUGACAUACAGGAGAAGUUCAGACCCAAUAUUUUCCAGUUCACAAACAUUGUGAGCAAUGCUGCAAGAUUGCUACAGGCAUGUCGAAUCUUAAGCAUCCCUCAGAUUUUAACUGAGCAGUACCCUAAAGGUUUGGGCCCCACUGUUCCUGAGCUGGGGGCCGAGGGCUUGAAGCCUCAUACAAAGACCAGUUUCUCCAUGCUGACGGAGAGUGUGGAGAGUGCACUCAAGAGCCUGGGAGACCCUCAGCAAGUCAUACUAUGUGGCAUCGAGGCUCAAGCGUGCAUUGCGUGUACAACCUAUGAUCUUCUAGAGCGAUUUGUCUAUAGAAACAGGAGGAAUUUUACAGUGGUUUUCUAUACAUAUCUGUCUGUCAUUUUCAGUCAGACAGAUCGUCUGUUUGCACUGUCACGACUGAAGCAGAGUGGGGCGUUUCUCAGCACUACAGAGGGAGUUUUAUUACAACUAGUGCAGGAUGCCAAGCACCCCAACUUUAAAGAGAUCCAGAAGCUCUUGGCUCACCCCUCCCCUGAUACAGGCCUGCUGGCCUUCUUCAGCUCUCUGUAGGGCCAGUCACACACCACACACUGCAAACAUAAUUACAUAAAUGACUUGAAAUCAACUCAAACUGCUCUUUGAACCUGUUGGACUCAUGUGAGCUCUGAGCAUUUGUGUAUUCAAUUAAAAUUAUUUACAAAGAAAUAAA